UCAAGAAAAUAGUUAAAAUAAAUUGUCAUCUUUUAGCUCUUCGGUUAGCAUCGCCGGCUAGCAGUCUCCGCCUUCCCGGAACGUCCAUUCGACAUAAACAAACGCACCAACAAGGAAGCGCGGUGAGUCCAAGCGACGGAAUCCGACCUGGAAGAAUCGGAACCAGUGAGAGGUUUAUCUGAAACGGACAGAGCAGUGCACCUUAAUGACAAUAGUUUGAGCGGCCCAUGAAGCAGAGAUGCAGAAGUUCAGCUGGACUUUAGUGGUUCUGACCUGCCAACAUAAAGACAGCGUCAUCUCCUUCCAGAGAGAACUGGAUCUGAGGCAACAGAAGGGGUCUCUCUCUCAGGACACUCUGGUUCUGGUGGUCCAGGACCACCAGGAGUCCCUUGGCAGCGGUGGAGCCACUCUCAAUGCCCUUUUAGUGGCGGCAGAACAUCUCAGCAGCCGAGCUGGACACACUGUGGUGACUGCGGACGUCCUUGAUCAAGCGCACAUCUUAAUCCUUCACAGCGGUCGUGAUUUUCCCUGGAGCUCCUGCAGCCGAGCCUUCUGCUGGCUCCCCCAGGAGAGAUCUGACCGUCUGGUGCAGGCUCCAGUCUGCUGUCUGGAUCUGCUGCUGGACUGUCUCACCACUAAGGUCUGUCCUGGUUCUCCUCCUGGGGUUUGGGUCUGCAGCACCGACAUGAUCCUCCACGUGCCUCCUGACUUCACUCUCUCAUGGCAAGGGUUCUCGGGUGUUCGGGCGCUGGCACUGCCAGGCGACGAGUCCUACGCUCAGAACCAUGGGGUCUAUGUGUCAGACCAGCAGGGAAACGUGUGCGACAUCAUCUACAGGGGGACUAAAGAGCAGGUCCAGAGAGCUCUGAUGCAUGAUGGGAAAGUGGCGCUGGUUUCCGGGCCCGUCUUCUUUGAUCGGUAUGUUUCUGAAAAGCUACUUCAAACUCAUGUAACUCCACCUUUAGACGGCUGCACCUACUUGGGCUUGGACUCUGGAGCUCCGCCCCUCCAGUUGUCUCUGUUCCUGGACAUCCUGAAGUGUCUCUGCUCCGAGUCUGUGGAUCAGUUUCUGAGUGGAGACUCGUCUCUCGCUGCUGCGAGGACUCAGUUAUGGAGGACACUGAGGGGGACUCGCCUCUCUCUGGCAUACGUCUCUGGUGGUCGCUACGACUACAUGACCCUGAGUGGAAGGUCACACAUCCGCCGGCUGACCUGUGAUUGGCCAUUUGGAAAUACGCUGUCGCAUAUUCAGAGUGAAGACACUUUGACUCCAGGAAGUCAGAUAAUCAACAGCAUCUUAGAGGGAGAGGUCUCAGUGUCAGCUGGCUGCGUGGUGCAACACUGCCACCUACAGGGUCCCCUGAAAGUCCCGCCUGGCUGUCUUCUGUCUGGGCUGGAUCCAUCCUCCAGUCUCCAACAGCUGGCUCUGCCUGAUGACAUCAUCCUCCAAGGGCACUACAUUCAGCUCGGCGACCUAAGGCUGAAGGUGUUCACUGUGGUGGGAGCCCAGGACCCUUUGGAGGUUUCCACGGAUAAAGACGGGUCCUCCUUCCUGAACCAAGACUGGAUGUCCUUUUACCAAACUCAUGGAGUAAAACCUGAAGAUCUUUGGGUCCAUGAGGAUCACCACUGUCUACUAGAAGCUCGUCUCUUCCCAGUACUCCACCCGCGAGCGGGCCCGCAAGGUCUUCAGGAGGGUGUGGGCUGGCUGCUUGGCAGGGGAGGGAAUCUGCACACUUGGAGGGAGUCUUGGAGGCUUUCCCUCAAAGAGGUGCUGAUGCUGACACACCAGGAGGCGGAGCUGCAGUGGCGGGAGAAGCUUCUGCAUCUUGUUGGCCGUAAGAGAGUGGUGGACUCACUGACCCGGAACACAGACGCCUACCUGCUGCCUGGUUUCAGAGCUGCUGUGCUCGGAGGACAGCAGGAAGCCCUGUUGAAGACCCUUGACCAGCUGGCAGUGGGAGGAGUGGCCAGUCAAGGGGCUGCAGAGGUCGGCCUCGCCGCUCGCUGCCUCUCCUGCAUCGCUGACAUGCUGGUGUGUAUGGCAGCAGGAAGGGGCGGGCUUCGGAGUGGGCCAGCUGCUAACAAGGCCUGGCGCUCCGCCUACUUCCUGUUGGAACAAGGUGACCUGGCGGGCGGCGUGGGUGCUUUAGCCAGGCAGCGAGUUCACUGGCUGAGCAGGCCGGACCUUCUUGUUCGAGCCGCACGCCACUACGAAGGCGCAGCUCAAAUUCUCCUUCGCCACGCUGUGAUGUCGUCACGGACGUUCGUACACCUUAGCAAACAUGAUGUCCCUCCCAUCGGCCAGUGGCAGGAAGUUCACUGUCCCGCCAGAUUGGACUUGGCAGGUGGGUGGAGUGACACCCCGCCCAUCGCCUUCCAACAUGGCGGCUCAGUCACCAACAUCGCCAUAAAGGUGGAUGGGAAACGUCCAAUCGGUGCCCGAGCCCGGCGCAUUCAAGAGCCCCGACUCCUGCUUCUCAGUGGCCCAAGUGACUCUGAGGUUUGUCUGGAUUUGGUGUGCGAGAGUCUGGACGACUUGAGAGACUACAGUCAGCCACAUGCCCCCGGAGCUCUGCUGAAGGCGGUGUGUGUGUGCAGCGGUCUGGCGUCUCUCACCUCCCCUGACUCUCUUGGAGAGCAGCUGAUGCAGAAGUGGGGUGCAGGGGUGGAGCUACACAGUUGGUCCCUCCUCCCCACUGGCUCAGGACUCGGUGAGACCCUGUCUGCCUUAUUUGCAGCAAUUGUUAUGACUGACGUGUGUGUAGGAACCAGUAGCAUCCUGGCGGGGGCGCUGCUAGCUGCCGUUUACCGAUGCACAGGACGGACCUGCGACACGGAUUCCCUGAUCCACGACGUUCUGUACCUGGAGCAGAUGUUGACUACAGGCGGUGGGUGGCAGGACCAGGUUGGAGGGCUCGUCGGUGGUGUCAAAGUGGGCCGCUCCAGAAAGUGUCUGCCUCUGAGAGUGGAAGUGGAGCGUCUCUGUCCACCUGAGAACUUUCUCAACUCUCUUCAGCAGCACCUUGUACUGGUCUAUACCGGCAUGACCCGUCUGGCUCGGAACCUCUUACAGGACGUGGUCCGGUCCUGGUACAGUCGUAUUCCCGCCAUGGUCCAGAACGUAGAGCAGCUGGUGCUGACCUCAGAGGAAAGUGCCAAAGCAGUCUCCGAGGGUUCUCUGCAGAACCUUGGCCUAUGUCUGGACCGCACAUGGCAGCAGAAGAAGUUCAUGGCACCGGGAUGCGAGCCUGCGUCAGUGAGGAGGAUGAUGGACGCCCUGCGUCCUCUGGUUUUGGGUCAGAGCCUCGCUGGGGCUGGUGGCGGGGGCUUCCUGUACCUCCUGACCCGCCAGCCAAACCAGCAGAAGGAGGUUCUUCAGGUUCUUCAGCAGACUCUGGGCCUGAAAGAUGUCACGGUGCACUCAGUGGAAAUAGAUGAAGAUGGACUCACUUUGAUGACAUCAUCCUGACCACAUGACCUUUUUUUUUUUUUAUUGAUUACCGUUGGAAUCUGACGCAAACUUUCUGGAAUCAAACAGUGUGUCCAUAUGUUCCCAUGCUCAGCUGCUACUUGGCAGCGACAGCAGACAGUUGGUCCCGGAUCCGACCCAGUCCGUCAAGAAUGGUGUCCAAGGACUCGCGGCUCAGCUCCACCACCAUCGUGGUGACUGGUUCUUCAGAUGCCAAGGAGUUGUUCGUCUGUCGGAUCAGCAGCGUCAUAAAAAAAUAAGAAAAGAUUAAGCUCAAACAGCAGCCGAAGAGCAAGAUUAAAAAUAGCUAUUAAUAACAA